CUGUGCAUCAGUCAUAGAGUAGGCAUUAAUUGUGAUUAUAAUGUAAAUAAACAAAACUGUUAGAUAUCAUAUUUUCUAAUUAAGCGGUAAUGUUUUUCUUGCCCGGAACUAUGAACGUACUAGGUUGAAGAUAGUAGUAUAUGAUAGAUAUUCUACCCCUAAAAAGUAUUAUGGAGCAGGCUACAGGUCUUUGUCAAACAUGUCUGCAAAGAAGCGAAUACUUAAAACCUGUGCCCAAAGAAGACGAAAAUAUUUUUAAAACUUUUUUAUUAACGACGGAAGAAAUAAAAUUAUGUAUCUGCUUUCUUUGCUAUCACAUGCUGCGAAAAAUAAGCAAUUUUUUGAAGCAGUGUCAAUUAGCACAAGAAUAUUUACAAUGUUCUAUAGUUGAGAGUAAUCUGCCUAAUGUCGAACAUGUAUACAAUUUAUCUAUCUCACAAAUUAAAUAUGACUACAUUGGAGAUUCAUCAGCAAUUAAAGAUGAAAUUGAUGAAGAUUUUACGAUGACUUAUUUUGAUGAUGAGGAUUUUACAAAUAAUGAUGUCACACCAAGUGUCAAAGAGGAGAUAGUUGUUUUCCAAAAUUUGAAAGAUUUGGAUGAUAAAGACCCCAUUUCUGUUAAGGAAACAAAGGACAAGAAAUCCCGUAAAAAUAGUAAGAAAAGUGUAGUUGAUUCAAUUCCCGCGGGGUUCACAUCUAGAAUGGUUCGGGAGACCGAUGAGUAUACAGUGAUUAAAUUGACUAAGGAGCAAGUUCUACAAGAAAUGGAAAGAAACAGACAGACUGAGAAGUACAGAGGCGCGCCAUACAAAUGCGAAUUAUGCGUGAAAUACUUUAAUUUCGAAGAUGUAUUAAGUACGCAUUUGGAGAAACAUUCGCCGAAAAAUGGCGCUUUCAAAUGUCACAUUUGCACCCAGUACUGUCCGAGUGCGGUGUCAUUGAGAGGUCAUAUGAAAUCACAUACAACCAAAUACAAAUGCAAAAUAUGUGGUAUCGUUCGUCUGUCUCGUCAACACAUACUGGAGCACUAUAUGUUAGAUCAUACAGAAGACAUACCUGCGUAUAAGUGUAACGAGUGUGAAUUUACAACCAACAAACGUACUGUCAUCCAGCGUCACGCAAGAACCCAUUCAGACAGUGACAGUCAUACGUGUCACGAGUGUGGGAGGGGUUUUAAGAGCAAGGAAACGUUACGUGUGCACACUACCCGUCACGACGUCAAAAAGAGAUUCUCGUGUGACACGUGCAAACGAACAUUUAUAUUCAAGUCAUUAUUGGAAAAACAUAUUCGCUCCGUUCAUAUCGAUAAAGACUUUUACUGCGUCGAAUGUGAUAUUAAAUUUACAUCUAUGGAAGCUUUAAAACAACAUUUUAAAAGAAGUAAGAAGCACACGGAUCCAUCACAUUAUAAAUAUGACUGCAAGUUAUGUGCUGAAAAAUUCCUUACAAAAGCAAGGUUGGAUCAUCACGAGACAAGUCUCCAUAAUUUUCCUAAAACCUCACAUUGUGAUCAAUGCAGUAAAGUAUAUAGUGGGCCGGAAGCUCUUAGACUACAUGUUAGAAGAGCACAUCCGGUUGGCGAAAGCAGGACGGAAUAUCAGUGCGGUGUUUGCUGUAAAGUUUUUACUCGCAAAUCCGGCCUGAAGGUCCAUAGCCGUGUACAUACAGGCGAACGUCCAUAUACAUGCGCAUGCGGAGAAGCUUUCACUCAACAGGCGUCACUGCGAGCGCAUCAUGCCGCUAAGCAUAAGAAAUGAUGGUGAUAAAACAACAAUAUUUUUAUAUCAACAAACAUAAAAUCUUCUAUGACAAAUUGUUUUUCUCUUCUAUAUUACCAAUAUCUUAGCAGAAUACUAAAAUUUCUUUCACCAUAGAGCGUUAUAUAUUACUUUUGCUUAUGAAUUAAAAUUCACAACACACAUUAUUUAUUGUUGAGUUUAUUGGCACACUAAAACACCCUGAUUUGGAGUUACAAUGCUAGGAAAUAGAAAAUCGCUAGAUUUAAAUUUUUUAUUUAAAUACUUAAAAAAUAAUUCUGCUACAUAUAUUAAAAUAUAGUCUGCUUACAUGAUUUGUAAUUUGGUAAUUGACAUUAAAUCUUUGGGUUAUUAAUAUUAUAUGUUUAGACAUUUCAGAUCUGUAGAUCUUCUAUCAUACAUUAUUAAUAGUAUUUACAAUCAGUUUAAUAAUAUUUUAGAAAUGCAUCAUCAAAUAGCUGAUCAAACCACCGGACAUGACAUUGUGGGAUUUUCAUUAAACACCUGGUUUACAAGGCUACAUUAUAAAUGAUUACUCGCCGAGUGAAGUAAUGAUAAAUCUAAA